GUAUUUGUAUAGAAGCUUUCUGAAUCGAAUCAUCCGAAUCACGAACAAACUUUCCUCUUUGCCCUACUAAGUGAAUAUAUUUACACUCCUGCCGGCCUAUGAGAUGAGUUUAAUGAAAGAAACUGCCAUGAGCAAGCAAACAAAGCUCCUCUUUUUAUCGUUUUGACCUUAAUUGGUUGCAAAUUUUAUCAGCUGCAGUGGUUUCUUCAAUGGAGGAUGGUGAGUGGGUUCUAGUGCCACGUCACGUGGAUAAAGACCUCCGGAACUCAAGUUUAAUGAUGGACUCUGAGCCUGUGACGACUAACCCUUUAAAGAUUACAUUCAAUGAACCCGCCAAGCAUUUCACCGACGCAAUUCCGAUUGGUAAUGGUCGCCUUGGAGCCAUGGUAUGGGGCGGUGUGAUGUCUGAAACUCUCCAGCUCAAUGAGGACACGCUCUGGACUGGGAUUCCGGGGAACUAUAGUAACCCUGAAGCUCCAGAGGCACUGUCUAAGGUCAGGCGUCUUGUUGACAUCGGUGAAUAUGCUGCAGCUACUUCUGAAUCAGUCAACUUGUUUGGACAUCCUGCAGAAGUAUAUUACUUAACAUAUCUAUUUUUCGUCGUCAUUUUUACUGACUCAUUAUCUUGUUACAUAUAUGUUUACCAACUUCUUGGUGAUAUUAAACUAGAAUUUGAUGAUUCCCAUCUUUCAUAUAUUGAAGAUACUUAUCAUAGAGAGCUGGACUUGAAUACUGCAACUGCACUAGUGAAAUAUUCUGUGGGAAAUGUAGAAUUCACAAGAGAACAUUUUUCUUCAUAUCCGGACCAAGUGAUUGUGACAAAAAUUUCUGGAAGCGAGGUCGGGUCUUUGUCCUUUACGGUAUCUCUGGAUAGCAAGUUAGAUCAUAAUUCCUAUGUGAAUGGAAAAAAUCAGAUUAUAAUGGAAGGACAUUGCCCUGGAAGGAGAAUACCACCAACAGUGGAGGCAAAUGAUGAACCCAAGGGAAUUCAGUUUUCUGCAGUUCUUGAUAUACAACUUAGUGAUGGAAGUGGCAUCAUACAUGCUUUAGCGAACAAGAAGUUGAAAGUUGAAGGUUCAGAUUGGGCAAUUAUUCUUCUAGUGGCUUCAUCCUCAUUUGAUGGACCAUUCACGAAGCCUUCAGAUUCUAAAAAGGAUCCUACUUCAGAGUGUCUUAGUGCAUUAAAAUCAGUUAAAAAUCUGUCAUAUUCAGACCUUUAUGCUCGACAUUUGGAUGACUAUCAGAACCUCUUUCACCGUGUCUCAAUACAGCUUUCACAAAGCUUAAAAAGAAAUGAUGACACAGUUUCAACUGCAGAGAGGGUGAAAUCUUUUCAAUACAACGAGGAUCCAUCUUUGGUGGAGCUUCUAUUCCAAUUUGGUCGAUAUUUGCUUAUUUCUAGUUCACGGCCGGGAACUCAGGUGGCCAACCUGCAGGGAAUAUGGAAUGAAGAUCUGCAGCCGAAGUGGGAUUCUGCUCCUCAUGUAAAUAUCAAUCUUGAAAUGAACUAUUGGUUGUCAUUGCCUUGCGACCUUAGUGAGUGCCAGGAGCCUUUAUUUGAUUUCCUUACCUCUCUGUCCAUCAAUGGAACUAAAACUGCAAAAGUGAACUAUUCAGCAAGUGGCUGGGUAGCUCAUCAUAAGUCUGAUAUAUGGGCAAAAACAUCAGCAGAUCGAGGUAAAGCUGUAUGGGCUAUGUGGCAGAUGGGUGGAGCAUGGCUUUGUACACAUCUGUGGGGGCACUAUAAUUAUACAAUGGACAAAGAUUUUCUUAGAAGUAAGGCGUAUCCUUUGUUGGAAGGAUGUGUGUUAUUUCUAUUGGAUUGGUUGAUUGAAGGUAAUGAUGGCUAUCUCGAAACCAACCCCUCAACAUCACCCGAACAUAAUUUUAUUGCUCCUGAUGGUAACAUAGCCUGUGUGAGCUACUCAUCAACCAUGGAUAUGGCAAUUAUCAGAGAAGUUUUUUCUGCUUUUAUUUCUGCCACCGAGGUUUUGGGAGGAAAUGAUGAUACUCUUCUUGCAAAAGUGAGAAAGGCUCUACCAAGGCUUCGUCCAACAAAAAUUGCAGAAGAUGGAUCAAUCAUGGAAUGGGCACAAGAUUUUAAGGACCCAGAGGUGCACCAUCGACAUCUUUCUCACCUAUUUGGCCUAUUUCCUGGGCACACAAUAACCAUUGAAGGAAAUCCAGGCCUUUGUAAAGCUGCAGAAAAGACCCUUCAGAAACGAGGAGAGGAGGGCCCUGGAUGGUCAAUGGCAUGGAAAACUGCUCUUUGGGCACGUCUCCAUAACAGUGAACAUGCAUAUCGGAUGGUCAAGCUUCUGAUUAACUUGGUAGAUCCAGAUCAUCCGAUAGCUUUUCAUGGUGGUCUAUAUAAUAACUUAUUUGCAGCUCAUCCUCCUUUCCAGAUUGAUGCCAACUUUGGUAUUACAGCAGCGGUUGCAGAAAUGCUUAUGCAGAGUACCCUGAACGACUUGUAUUUACUUCCAGCUAUACCUCUGGAUAAAUGGGAGAACGGCUGUGUUAAAGGAUUGAAAGCACGAGGUGGAAUGACUGUAAAUAUCAACUGGAAAGACAGUGAUCUUCAUGAAGUACAUCUCUGGUCGAAGGAUCAAGAUUCUCUCAAAAAUUUGCAUUAUCGGGGAACUAGAGUCACCGUGAAUAUAUCAUCCAGCAGAAUAUACACAUUCAACAGACAAUUACAGUGCAUCUGCACAAGCUCACUACCAGAAUAUCUACUGCCGAAGUUAUUAUACAGAGUGUCGCACUCAGCAGGAAAGAAAGGAAAUGAAGAAUCAGAAAAUCUCGUCUGCUGGGUUUAGAUUGAUUGUCUCAAGGAUUUACUUAAUUUUAAUUAUGAGUCUGAAAUAUCA